AUGAAGGUGCUGUGGGGCUCGCAGACCGGCACGGCCACGGGCUUCGCCGACGACCUGGCCCGCGAGCUGUCCGCGCAGGGCAUCACCGCCACCUCGAUGGACCUCCGCAAGUACAACUCGAAAAAACUGGCGACGGAGAAGGAGCCGCUCGCGUUGGUGCUGGCGUGCUACGGGCAGGGCGAGCCCACCGACAACGCCAAGCAGUUCUACGACUUUGUCAUGGCCAAGGAGCGCAAGCAGGGCAGCCUCAAGGACGUCCGCUACACCGUCUUCGGGCUGGGCCAGAGCAAGGCCUACCCGGCGUGCUACCAGGCCGUAGGGCGGAGCGUGGACAAGCGCCUGGAGGAGUUGGGCGCCCAGCGCAUCUUCGCCCGGGGUGAAGGCGACGACAGCGACGAUGUUGAGGCGGACUUCACGGCCUGGAAGGACAAGCUGCUGCAGUCUCUCACGGGAGCCGGUGGCGACGGGGAAUCCGCCGACGCCGCCAACACAACGGCCGCCGCAGCUCCGGCCGCAGCUGCGCCUGCCGCGCAACCGCCCAAGGCCGAGCCCGAGAAGCCCUCGGUGCAAAUCCGAGUGCUGGACAGAUCCGCAGCGCCCGCAUCGACCUACCAGAGGAAUCCGGCGGAGCCGAUCUCGAUCGUGAACCCGGUGGAGGCCCGGGUUGUGGAGAACGAGGAGCUCCAGAGCGCCGCCUCCGACCGCUCCACCAGACACCUCGAGAUCGAACUGUCCAACACCGGCAUCACCUACCAGACUGGAGACUACUUGGGCGUGUUCCCGGUGAACGACGAGCAAAUGGUCAACGACCUGCUCCAGUCCCUCAACAUCGACCCCGACCAGGUGAUCGCCCUCAAAAGCGCCGCUGAUGGCGCCGGCGAGUUCUCCACGCCGCGGACCAUCAAGCAGCACUUCCUCGAGAACGUGGACCUGACCGGCAGGCCCCGCAAGUCUCUGUUCGCUCGGCUGUCGGCGUUUGCGGGGGACGAGGCCACGCGAGCCCGGCUGUCGAGCGACGACUACGCCGAAUUCUGCGUCCGCGAGAAGCGCGGCCUGUACCACAUCCUCAAGGACAACCCCUCGCUCCGGCUCGGCCUCGAUUCGCUCCUUAGCCUGGCGCCCCCUCUUCUGCCCCGAUACUACUCCAUCGCCUCUUCCCCCAAGUUCAAGGAGGGUCGGAUGCAGUUGACUGUGGCCCUGGCCAAGACCAAGGCCGAGUCGGGCGCGGACCACUACGGCGUGUGCAGCCGAUACAUCUGCGCCCUGAAGCCCGGCCAGACCGCCCGGCUCUUUGUCAAGACCUCCCUCUUCCGCCUGCCCAAGUCGCCCGAGGUGCCCAUCAUCAUGGUCGCGGCCGGCUGCGGCAUCGCCCCGUUCCACGGCUUCAUGCAGGAGCGAAAGUUGCAGUGCGACCAAGCCUCUCUGCCCUACGAGAAGUCCAAGAACGUGCUCUACUUUGGGGUCUACAGCAAGAGCAAGGACUUCCUGUACGAGUCCGAGUUGACGGGCUACGAGCGGGACGGCCUGCUCAAGCUGCGCAUGGCGUUCUCGGAGGACCACGCCCCCAACCAGCCGCCCACUUUCGCGCAGCACCGCAUGAUGGAGGACAUGCCCAUGCUGUGGCAGCUCAUCGAGAAGGAGCAGGCCAACACCUACGUCUGCGGGCACACGCUGCUGUUUGAUGGCGUGAAGGAGGCGCUCCAGCGUACCAUGACCGAAGUCGGCCGCGUUCCGGCCAACGAGGCCAAUGACCGAAUCGCCCAGCUCCAAAACAGCGGACGUCUGCAAGUCGACGUCUACUGA